AGGCGCCUGCCCAUGGCUGACGGGAGCCUGAUCGAGGGCGCCGAGCCCUUCCCGCGCCGGGAGGAGGCUCCGGAGUGGGGCUACGAGGAAGGAGUGGAGUGGGGGCUGAUUUUUCCUGACGCUAACGGGGAGUACCAGUCGCCCAUUAACCUGAACUCGAGAGAAGCUAAAUAUGACCCCUCGCUCCUGGAAGUGCGUUUGUCGCCAAACUACGUAGUGUGUCGUGACUGUGAAGUGAUCAACGAUGGGCAUUCAAUUCAGAUCGCCCUCAAGUCUAAAUCAGUGUUAAUAGGGGGGCCAUUACCUCGAGGACAUGAGUUUGAACUACACGAUGUUCGAUUUCACUGGGGGAGAGAAAACCAGCGUGGUUCUGAACACACGGUUAAUUUUAAGGCCUUUCCCAUGGAGCUUCAUCUAAUGCACUGGAACUCCACACUGUACAGCAGCAUUGAUGAGGCAGUAGGGAAGAAGCACGGCAUAGCUAUUAUUGCUUUGUUUGUGCAGAUAGGAAAAGAGCAUGUAGGCCUAAAGGCUGUAACUGAAAUUCUCCAGGACAUCCAGUACAAGGGAAAGUCCAAAACAAUACCCUGUUUUAAUCCCAACUCUUUAUUGCCAGAUCCUCUUCUGCGUGACUACUGGGUGUAUGAGGGCUCUCUAACCAUUCCACCCUGCAGUGAAGGUGUCACCUGGAUAUUAUUUCGCUAUCCUUUGACUGUGUCCCAAGUGCAGAUAGAGGAAUUUCGUAGACUGAGGACACAUGUUAAAGGUGCUGAACUUUUAGAGGGCUGUGAUGGAAUCCUAGGAGAUAACUUCAGACCAACUCAGCCACUUAGCGAUAGAAUCAUCAGGGCUGCAUUUCAGUAGCAGAAGAGGAAGAACCACAAAAAUAAAUCUUUAUUCAGAGAGGGGGAAGACAAUGCUCCCACAGUGCACUCAGAUGAGAAAUGGAAACUUUUGAGGCUGCUGCUUCAGUUGAACCACAAAGCCUGUAUUGUUUGUCUUCAUCUAAUUCAGCCUUGAUAGACAGCUGUGACAGUUGGUCUGUCCACACAGUCCAGUGAAAUUCUGGGAAUGGGGCUGUACGUUAAAAGAAGAAAACACAUUAAAUCUUCCAAUUCACACUGUUAACUAUUUUAAAAUGUUAAUUGUCAUUGCUUAUAUAGUUUCAUUGCCAUAGCAUUCAAUAGUGGUCUCUGAUCCAAAUAGUACUAAUUUUAAGCUUGGUAUGAAUGUUAAUAUGUAGAAAUACUCAUUACUGUUUUGAACGUUAGAUUUAAUUUUAUUCCAUAUCGUCUCUUGUGCUGUCAGUGACUAUCUUUUCUAUGGGGGGGUGUGUGUGUGCAUUCUAUAAAGCUAAUAAAAAAAUUGUUUGUUCACAGAGAGUAUUACACAAAUUCAGAAUUAAUUUUUGGGCAGAAAGGCACACUUUUCUGCCAAACCUAUGCACUUAACAUGGUUUAUGUGAAUAAAGCUGAAUGACAUUUACGUUACUAGGAACCCUACUGAAAUAAAGAACAAUUUUGAAAUAAGGGAAAUUAACCGGUAUAAUAAUAAACAAAAUCAUCUGGAUUAUUUUCCAUUUGGUGAGUCAUGGAACUUUGCAGAGAAAUACUCAAUUCAGGCAGAAAAUGAUCGGCCUUUGUUCUCCUGUGAAUUAUGACAGUUCUGUACAUUGCUGAGGAUGGUGGUCUGGGGACUUGCAUGUCCUGAGCUCACUGCACAGCGUGGGGAUUGCCACCCUGGGCCACACAUGACACAUCUGACAGAACAGAUAAGGGAACUGUUGUCCAAGCCAGCUAGUCAUAGCUUCCGAUUCCUGCAAAACACCAAGAUCUGAAGGACAGAAUCAAUAAUGUGGUGGGCAGUAGCUUUGAUCACCAUAGCUAUCAGUGAGGGCCACUUUACUAGCAUGAGGAGGGCAGGCUUAUGCAGAGACCUAUGUGAGUGAAAGAACGCCGAAGGCACAGAUGGCAAGUUCCAGGCCAGAGCACAAUGGAGAUGCAAACCGAGGGUUCACAAAGGGGAGGUUACUCCCGUGGAGCAGAUCUGUGAGUCAUCAAUCACAGAGUCAUCACCAGGCAAUGGUAAAUGCAGUUUUAGAAGGCAUGCUUCAUCCACCUCUUCGAGGGCUAUUGGCAGAGCUGCUGCUGAAUGACGAGUUACGAAUUCUCCAAGUCAUUUAUGUGUAUGUUAGGGACAGCAGAAACAAUAGGACAAACCCAAACACCACACCUGCGCUGGGUGAGGGGGAGUGGAUACUGCUGACCACUUAAUGUGUUCAUAACUGUGUGUACUGCAGAAACACGUGCUUCCUUUGGAGAGACACACAGCUGCCCUCGACAGCAUGUAUUGCAAUAAAUGCAUAGAAAAUGUACAGCAAGCAGCCCACAAUGAAGUAAUUUUUAUUUUGGGCUUAGCAGAGUAGCAAU